CGUCACCAAAAUUUACUUCAGUCGUAGCGGCACAUACUUACCUUAGUACAUAGUAGGUGCAGAUUAAUUGGUACGAUUUAUAGUAGGUACAUGUUGUACGGAGUAACUAGGUACGUGUUUGUUAGCUUCUGGGCUACACCACUGUAGAUGCCAAGCGUGGGGUUGGUCACUACCUACCUUACUACUAGUACUAAGUGCUGUCCCGUCCAACGCCGACAGCUCAACCAAGCUCAAUCAACAAGUAACCACUUGCAGUUCCUCCGCCGGGGAUUCAAGCGCCCUGCGUUCGCCAACAUCGUCGAAACCUCACACGCGACAUGCAGAAUGCGACUACCCGCUCACCGCGCGUCUCGAAAUCCUAAAUAACGAUCCUCCUCCAGAUUCUCGUGUUUGCCCUUGCGCGCCGUGCCAUCAUCAUGUUCGAAAAAUCACUGUACGACCUGAUUCGAGGACUGCGAAACCAUAAAGGGAAUGAGAAAGAUUAUGUCCAGAAAAGCUUGAAGGAGUGCCGCUCCGAGAUCCGCAGUCAGGACAUAGAUCUCAAGGCAACGGCGCUCCUGAAGCUGAUCUACUUGGAGAUGCUUGGUCACGAUAUGUCCUGGGCAUCUUUCCACGUGCUCGAAGUUAUGUCCUCGCCGAAGUACCAUCAAAAGCGGGUAGGGUACCUGGGUGCUGUACAGAGCUUCCGCCCCGACACCGAGGUCCUGAUGCUUGCUACCAACUUGCUGAAAAAGGAUCUCGCUGCAACGACGCCAACGGUCAUUUCGUUACCGAUCGCAACACUUCCACACGUCAUCACACCUUCACUUGCGCUUUCCACACUAUCCGACUUGUUACCCCGUCUAAGCCACAGCCACUCGAACAUCCGCAAGAAGACCCUGGUCACUCUUUAUCGUCUGGCGCUCGUCUAUCCAGAAGCUCUUCGAGCAGCAUGGCCCAAAAUAAAGGAACGAUUGAUGGAUCCUGAUGAGGACCCCAGUGUCACGGCAGCAAUCGUGAAUGUGGUGUGUGAGCUUGGAUGGCGGCGACCGCACGACUUCUUGCCACUUGCCCCACGGUUAUUUGAGCUACUUGUAGAGGGAGGAAACAACUGGAUGGCGAUUAAACUAAUAAAACUGUUUGCAACCCUGACGCCCCUUGAGCCGCGCCUGGUCAGGAAGCUGUUACCGCCCCUCACAACACUGAUCAAGACUACGCCGGCCAUGUCCUUGCUGUACGAAUGCAUCAACGGGAUUAUUCAGGGCGGAAUUCUUGGCGCUGAAGACGCUGGCGCUGAGGAAAUCGCAACAUUGUGCGUCAGCAAGCUUCGCGGCAUGAUGGUAAUGGACGGAGGUGACGCUAACUUAAAAUACGUUGCCCUCCUCGCCUUCAACAAGAUUGUGAUCACACACCCAUUUCUUGUCUCGCAGCAAGAAGACGUUAUCCUCGACUGUAUUGACAGCCCAGACAUCACUAUUCGCAUACAGGCACUUGACCUUGUGCAGGGCAUGGUAGAUGGCGACAGCCUGAUCGCGGUGGUGAGCCGCUUGAUGAAACAGCUCAAGUCUUCAAGCCCUUCAAGAGAUGCUCCAUUCGGGGGAAAUCCUGCGGAAAUUAUCGAAUCCGACGAAGAGGCCGCGUCUCAAGCCAAACUUCAUAAGAAUGGCAAUCAGCAAGCAUUAGCUUUACCCGACGACUAUCGAGCCAACGUUAUCAGCCGCGUCUUACACAUGUGUUCCAGAGACAAUUACGCCCAUGUCAACGACUUCGAUUGGUAUAUCGAUGUUUUGACACAGAUGGUGAGAAUGGCACCAACACUGAAAUCGGACUCCCAGUCACCAUCCUCAGCUGGAGAUGUCUCGGAACAAAUCGGCGAUGAGCUGCGCAAUGUAGCAGUGAAGGUACGGGCUAUGCGAGCUGCGGUUGUAGCAGCUUCGCAAGUGGUCCUGGCUUGGGUGAAUGCCGAUGCCCCUAUUGGACACACUGUGUCGUCACCGUCAUUAAAAUCCGUUUGCUGGAUCAUUGGGGAGUUUGCUGAGCUGCUCACAUCCCCAUCUGACAGUCUCGAUUCCUUGCUCCAGCUUAUCGCGAGAACACAUGUGCCUGGGCUUAUAUCUAGUGCACUACAGGCCAUCGGCAAGGUGUUCUCCUCUAUCGCUGGUGACCAGUCGGCCCCUUGGAAUGCAGCCCGAAGGUCACAAGUUUCCCUACUCAUCACCCGUAUCGUUAAUGCGUUGGAUCCGUUGACCUUACAUCCGAACCUUGAUGUGCAGGGCCGUGCCAUCGAAUUCACGGAACUCCUGAGGCUCACGGCAGAAGCCGCUGCUCAGGGACAGAUAGCAACAACACAGGAGUCGGCAACAUGUCCCCCUCUACUCCUCACUCAGGCUGUGCCUGCUCUGUUCAAUGGUUGGGAGCUCAACUCUGUGGCAGUCACUGCACAGUGCCACGUGCCUCUCCCAGACACCAUCGACUUGAAUGAGCCUAUCCAUAAUGACUUGGACGCGUUGCUAUCUGGUGCAAGCACCAUUGUCCCGGAAAUGGACACGGAUACGGACACGGAUAAUGAUUUCGAUUCAUACUAUCAUCACAGGCCGGCUCCUACAAGUAUUUCUUCCGUCUCAUUGCCUGCUAUCAAUCGAGUCGUCGAUGCCGCAAAAGAAGUCCCCGGUGGAUAUCAGUCGGCCUCGGAGGAUGCCUACCUGGAUUCUGACAUCAUUGCCCGACGGCGGGCAGAACGACAUGCUCGUAACAAAGACGACCCUUUCUAUAUCCCUGCUGCCGAGGUCGUCGCCAAACCCUCCACGCCAAUACACAAUAUACUCAAAGACAACAAUGGAACAGAACUUGACGUCGACUCGAUCCCCAUUAUGCAAUUGGAUCUUGGCUCACCUGAACCAGCAGCUGGAGCGUUCCAGCAGAGACCUCAGACUCGGCCGAAACAGAAGAUUAUCGUUGCAGACGAUGAGACGCUGGGUGGCGCUAAUAGCUCCGGCCGCGAAUACGACUCUGAGAACCACUCUGACAACUAUCACAAGCCAAAGACCAAAUCGAGGAAACUGCGGCAAGGUCUUUUGCAAGUAGAUUCCAGUCACAUCGGGGCUUUGGCUCUCGAAGUAGGCGGUGAUCGCAGUGAGGCAGAGAACCAUGACCAGCGACUGCGCGAAGAAGCAGAGAUGCAACUGGCAAUGAAGGAAGUUGAGCGACUGAGGUUGGAGAUGCAGCGAGCCAACGAGCGUAUAAGCCUUCCACAGGGUAUUGACGCGGAGGGCACAGUGGUCAAGCGGAAAAAGCAGAAAAAGAAUAAUUCGAGCACUGUAGUGCAAGGGCAACCUGGAGAGCAGGCGAAGCCUAAGAAGAAGAAGAACAGGAAUAGGAUGCCUCCACCUGAAGAGCAUGGAGUCACUAUGGAGACGGCAAGUCAUGGCGAUUCGGAGUCAAGUAGCAGGAAACCAAAGGAAGGGACCCUAGGCGAGGCAGCCACUGGGUAAUAGUGGUAACUGUUUGAUCUGCUUCGAUACUACCUUAGUUUAGACUUGUGGCGAUGAGAAGCAAGUCUAAACAUACCUAUAGCAGUACAAAAUUUGUAGCAACA